GUUGACUAUAGAUGAAGCCGCCCUGCGCAGUGCCACAGCACAGUGCAGCACAGUGCCGACGAAGCUGAAGCUCCUCCGACGAAGCUGCGCCAAACACACCCAUACUCGUCGACGGGUCUCCUUGCACUUUUCCUGUACAAAUCGAAACAAAUUUCCACCCCUGCUCGGGGCAGCUACAGUACAAGCAGCAGCGAAGGGGAUAAACGAGCGACCUCGAAGCUCGGCCGGCGCGGCGAUGGAGGUCAAGUGCCGGCGCCUGGAGGGGAAGGUGGCCGUCGUGACGGCGUCCACGCAGGGGAUCGGCCUCGCCAUCGCCGAGCGUCUCGGCCUGGAGGGCGCCGCCGUCGUCAUCUCCUCGCGGAAGCAGAAGAACGUGGACGACGCGGUGAAGGGGCUCAAGGCAAAGGGGAUCACCGCGGUCGGCGCCGUCUGCCACGUCUCCGACGCCCAGCAGCGCAAGAGCCUCAUCGACACGGCAGUCAAGAACUUUGGACACAUUGAUAUUCUUGUCUCGAAUGCCGCUGCAAAUCCUACUGUAGAUGGCAUUCUUGAAAUGAAAGAGGCUGUUCUUGAUAAACUAUGGGAUAUUAACGUCAAGGCUUCUAUUCUUCUUCUUCAGGAUGCUGCUCCCCACCUACGUCAGGGAUCAUCUGUGAUUAUUAUUUCUUCAAUUGCUGGGUACAAUCCAGAAAAAGGGUUGACAAUGUAUGGUGUUACAAAGACUGCUCUCUUAGGUCUCACAAAGGCUCUUGCUGGUGAGAUGGGACCCAAUACUCGUGUUAACUGUAUAGCCCCUGGUUUCGUUCCUACACGGUUUGCUAGUUUCCUCACAACAAAUGAGGCCAUUAGGAAAGAGCUUAUUGACAGGUCCACGCUUAAGAGAUUGGGUUCUGUGGAAGACAUGGCUGCGGUUGCUGCAUUCCUGGCUUCUGACGAUGCGUCCUUCAUCACAGCUGAAACCAUUGUUGUUGCUGGAGGGACACAGUCUAGAUUGUAAAUCUGGCUAAAGUUUAAUUGGCAUGCUCGAAUAAUCUGAACUAGCACCACAUAUGACUAUACCAGUCCAUUUAGAGGGUGUAGCAACUAUACUGUAAUAAUUGGCUGUGAAGCUCCGUUGUGCUAAGUUGUACUGUUUGUUUUUUAAAUUAGAUUGCAAUGUGAUAGCAAAUACAGAGGGAGAGUUUAUAUAUGCAAGACCAAAAGCACAAACCGGAAUGUCAUCCUCAACAGUUUCAUUUGCUCA